AUGUCGAUGAAGAAGACUUUUGCCGAUUGCAUCUUUUAUAAAGACGGGAAAUGUGGUGUCUAUUCACGUCAAAAAGGUAGAAUUCAUGGAAAUAUGGUAAUGCUGUCAAUGCUCAAUGAAUCUAUCGUUCAACACAGCCGCAAUAUAGGUGUGAAUCUUUCUGAAUAUACAGAAAGAUCACUUAUUAUGUCUCGAAUCGGUGUUCCCGAUGUAUGCAAAGAUGACGAUCUGAUGUGUCCUUAUCAUCGAUAUUCAUAUGGAAUAAUGUGGCGUGCAUCAAAAUUAUGUCAAUCACCAUAUCAUGAUAAUAAGAAGCCCAAGGGAACACAUACAUUACCCGCCGAUUAUUAUACAAAAUUAGUAGAAUCAGAGCUUUUUAAAGGUAAUAGAGCUUAUCAGUUUCCAAUUGGACAAAAAGUUUGUCGGACUUGUUUGACAAAAAUAACAUCCGUCUGCAUUAGCAAGACAAGUAUUACAAUGGUGAAGGAAGAUCUGUGUUUAACAACUCGAUCCUCAAAAAUGAAAGCUCAGGAACAAAUUAAUGAUCUUAUCAACACCCAUACUGAAUUUCAAUCUCCAUCUCAAUUCAGUGAAUGUAGUUCAAGUUCAGUAUACACCGACAAAUUAUCAUUAAAUCAUGCUAAUCAAAUAUUAGCGUCAAUAUCCAACAAGAUUGAACUUUUAAAAUAUCAAAUUCAACAACCAAUUCAUGAUCUAUCUGCUGAAACUAUUCGAUCUCUCAAACGCCAUUAUGGAUCCAUCAUCAAAGAGUUUUCAGGUUUUAUUUGUGAAGCCAUUGCACCUGGACAAGGUGAAUAUCUUCUUGAAGUAUUUGAAGAAAAACUUGACUCCACUACACAAUCUAUUGUCGAAGCGUACCAUUCUGCUCCAAGUCGUAAAUGGAAAUAUUUCCUUUUAUCUACAGUAUCCAAGCAAUUUAAUUAUGAUGCAUUGCAAUCGAUGUUCAAUUGUAAUCGUUAUAUGAUAGAGAAAAGUCGUUAUAUUCUUCAGCAAAACCAUUGUUUCAAUUUAAUGAAUAAAAAUCUUAUUCGACGAACACGUUUAGAAAAAAAUCGUCUUGAAGUUUUCUUCGAUUUCUUAUUUUCAUCUGGUCUGAUUCAAGAUGUGGUUCAUGGUACUACAUUUCUACGAUUUGAUAAGGGUGAAAAAAUAUUAGUUCCAUAUGUGGUUAGGGUGAUGAUGAAAAAUCACAUAUUCCAAUUGUACCACCAGCAUUGUAUACAAACGUGUUUUGAUCGACCACUUAGUCGCUCAACCGUAUAUCGCUUGUUAGAUGUGUGUAAAAUGCAACAGAAGAAAACAAUGUGUGGAUUAGAUAGUUUUGUGGUAGAUGGAAAUAACGGCUUCGAUAUGCUUGAAACUAUAGUGAGAGAUUUGGAAUUAAAUAAAAAUGAAGAGAAGAAUAUGUUACAACUGGUAUCUCUGAGUCGAAAUUAUUUGAAGUUCGAAUACCCACAGAAUGUUAAUGACAACAACUCAAAUUGUGCAACUCAUUGUAGAUUAUUUGCAUUGAGUCAUUCAACCGACAGAAACUUUAAAGCUAUUUGUGGUCACACGGAACACUUUAUGUCCUGUAUUAAAUGUAAUACUCUACUUCGUUUACUUCGUCGAAUAGCAACUUUGGUUUCUAAUGCACCAUCAUCAUCCAGAAAAGACGAUAUGAGCAAUGAUUUAGCAACUGCUCAAGCUGAUAUUAUGGAAUGGAUGUUUCAUAUUGUUCGAGGCAUUCAACAAGACAAAAGUAAGAAAUUUGCUAUGUCACAAUUAAAUUCGAACACUGGCAUAUUACUGUCUGAUUGGGCAAUGAAAAUUUUACCUCAAUCACACAGAGAAAAAAUGGAUGAUUGGUUCGGCAAGAAAGGAAUUUCACUCCAUGUUGAUGUUCUUUUUUAUAUGGAUACAAAUAAUCAGCUUAAAAAAAACACAUAUUUUACAGUCCUUGAUCGAUGCUUACAAGAUAUGUCAUCUGUUCUGUGUGUUUUUGAACAUGUUCUUAAUCAAAUCAAAACAGAUAUACCAAAUUUAACCAAUUUAUAUACUCGCAGCGACAACGCCGGGUGUUACUCUGGAACAGCGACUAUUCUGGCGCGUAGAAUGUUAUGUGAAGGUGUUGAUAUUCAAUUGAAAAGAACUGAUUUUAGUGAACCUCAACGAGGUAAAGACCAAGCUGAUCGUGAUAUUGCUGUGGCGAAAUCAUGUCUAAAAUCUUACACAAAUCGCGGAGGAAAUUUGAUCAACGCACAAUCCGUUAAACAAGCAUUAGAUGAAUCAUUUGGUAACUUGCCCAAUUGUAAAACCUCUGUUAUUGCUGUUGAAGAAUCAAAGUGUCUUUUACCAAAAGUAAAGAUCGAAGGAAUAACUAAAUAUCAUUCAAUUUCAUUUGACAAAGACUUUAUCACCUUUUGGCAAUACUUUGACAUCGGAAUUGGCAAAUCCAAGAAAUGGACGAACUGUGGUUGCACUUUAUACACAACGGUGAUACAACCAUUCACAACUACUGAAAUCAAUAAGAAUGAGUUUUGCAUGAAAAGUACCUUAUCAUCAACGGUAUUUUUUGUUCAACUGAUUCAUGUUUGGCAUCAUUCGACAAUGAACAACAACUGA